CCUCAGAUUAGCUAUGCCUCAACGGCCCCGGAGCUGAGCGACGACAGGCGCUACGACUUCUUCUCACGAGUGGUUCCUCCAGACUCCUUCCAGGCCCAGGCCAUGGUGGAUAUACUCCGAGCCCUAGACUGGACAUACGUCUCCACCGUCGCCUCAGAAGGCAGCUACGGGGAGAAGGGAGUGGAGGCUUUCACACAGCUCUCCAAGGAAGCAGGUGGAAUCUGCAUCGCCCAGUCUUUGAAAGUUCCCCACAACCCCAAGACGGAGGAUUACGACAAAAUCAUCCAGCAGCUGUUGGAAACGCACCACUCGCGGGCAGUCAUCAUCUUCGCCAGCGAAGAGAACAUACGAGGAGUUCUCAAUGCUACCAAGAGGGCCAACCAGGUGGGCCAUUUCCUGUGGAUUGGAUCCGACAGCUGGGGGUCCAAGAGCAGCCCGAUCCACCAGCUGGAGGAAGUGGCGGUGGGAGCGAUCACAAUUCUGCCCAAACGCUCCUCCAUUAAAGGAUUUGAUGAAUAUUUUACUGCACUCACCCUGGAGAACAAUCGCAGGAACGUGUGGUUUGCAGAGUUUUGGGAGGAAAACUUUGACUGCAGGCUGCUCAGUGCUUCAAAGCGAGAGGACACCAGCCGCAAAUGCACAGGUCAGGAGCGCAUCGGGAUAGACUCCAAGUACGAGCAGGAAGGGAAGGUGCAGUUUGUGAUUGACGCGGUGUACGCCAUGGCCCACGCGCUGCACAACAUGCACAGGGACUUAUGCCCCGACCAUCCUGGCGUUUGUCCACAAAUGGAGUCUGCAGAUGGAAAGACUCUGCUGAAGUACAUACGCAACACCAGCUUCAACGGCAGCGCCGGCACCUCCGUUGUGUUCAACAGGAACGGCGAUGCUCCGGGACGCUAUGACCUGUUCCAGAUCCAGCUGACUAACUCCUCCACCCCAGAAUACAAAGCGGUGGGACAGUGGGUGGAGAGCCUUCAGCUCAGGCUGGAGGAGCUUCAGUGGCCAGAUGGUGAGCAGGAGGUGCCCAUCUCGGUGUGUAGUCUACCCUGCAAAACCGGAGAGAGGAAAAAGAAAGUAAAGGGCAUGCCAUGCUGCUGGCACUGCGAGCUGUGUGAUGGUUACCAGUACCAGUACGACGAGACUUCCUGCAGAUUAUGUGCCUACGACAAGAGGCCCAAUUCCAACAGAACAGCCUGUCAGCCCAUCCCCAUCAUCAAGCUGGAGUGGCACUCACCUUGGGCAGUUAUCCCCGUCUUCCUGGCCAUGCUUGGUAUCAUCGCCACCAUCUUUGUGAUGGCAACAUUUGUGCGCUACAAUGACACACCCAUAGUGCGGGCAUCUGGCCGAGAGCUGAGCUACGUGCUGCUGACUGGCAUCUUUCUCUGCUACAUCAUCACUUUCCUCAUGAUCGCCAAGCCUGACGUGGCCGUCUGUGCCUUCAGGAGGAUCUUCCUGGGCCUAGGCAUGUGCAUCAGCUAUGCCGCCCUGCUCACCAAGACCAAUCGGAUCUAUCGCAUCUUCGAGCAGGGCAAGCAGACGGUCACGGCCCCUCGCUUCAUCAGUCCCACCUCACAGAUCGCCAUCACUUCCAGUUUAAUCUCUGUGCAGUUGCUGGGGGUGCUGGUGUGGUUUGCUGUCGACCCGCCAGACACGAUCAUUGACUACGAUGAGCAAAAGACCAUCAACCCCAUGCUGGCCCGUGGCGUGCUGAAGUGCGACAUCACGGACCUGCAAAUUAUCUGCUCGCUGGGCUACAGCAUCCUGUUGAUGGUGACCUGCACCAUCUAUGCCAUCAAGACAAGGGAUGUACCAGAAGACUUCAAUGAAGCCAAGCCCAUUGGCUUCACCAUGUACACCACUUGCAUAGUGUGGCUGGCCUUCAUCCCAAUUUUCUUUGGCACAGCCCAGUCGGCAGAGAAGAUGUGGAUCCACACUCACUCACUUACUCAUAUUGAGGGAAGUCAUGUGAAAACAGUGACAAAAGUUCACAUAGCAUCCACCCUGCCUCCUGUGUGCACCUGCUGGAGUCUGGCUGACUAA